AUGGCUGAACAACCUCUCAACGGCGCUUUCUAUGGUCCAUCAGUCCCACCGCCGGCUCCCAAAGGCUACUUCAACAGACGUGGGCACAGCCGCGGCUGUGGCUGCUGCCUCCUCAGUUUCUUUGUCAAAGUCAUCAUAGCCAUUAUCGUUAUCCUUGGCAUAGCCUCUCUCAUCUUCUGGCUCAUUGUCCGUCCUCGAGCCAUCAAGUUUCAUGUGACCGAAGCUUCCCUUACGCGCUUCGAACACACUUCACCGGACAACAUUUUAAGGUAUAACUUAGCCCUCACGGUCCCUGUCCGUAACCCUAACAAGAGGAUUGGAGUCUACUACGACAGAAUCGAAGCUCAUGCCUACUACGAGGGAAAACGGUUUAGCUCUACCACGUUGACUCCUUUCUAUCAAGGACACAAGAACACGACCGUUCUCAAACCAACGUUCCAAGGCCAAAAUCUUGUUAUCUUUGACGCCAGAGAGUCUCGUACUUACAACGCGGAGAGGAUCGCCGGAGUUUACAAUAUAGAGAUCAAGUUCAGGCUUAGGGUUAGGUUUAAGCUUGGGGACUUGAAGGGUCGGAGGAUUAAGCCUAAGGUUAACUGCGAUGAUCUAAGGCUUCCGUUAGCUGCUUUCAACGGAACUACAACCUCCUCUACCGUUUUACCUCUCAAGUGCGACUUAGAUUUUUAA